AUGUUGCUCUACUGUGUCACCACGGUCAGGUACUCUAUUCAAGUUAAUGGGGUCGGGGUGGGAUCAGUGUAUCCAACCCGAGGCAUUCGCCAAGGGGACCCGCUUUCCCCGUAUCUUUUCAUAAUCUGCUCCGAGGGCCUGUCGGUUCUUUUACAGCAGGCCGAGGGGUGUGGUGAUAUUCAUGGGAUCCGUAUUGCGUGGGGGGCCCCGGCCGUGACGCAUUUAUUUUUUGCGGACGAUAGUCUUCUAUUUUUUAGGGCUACUAAUGGGGAAGCUCAAUCCGUUAAGAAGUGCCUGGACAGGUACAGUGUUGCUUCGGGGCAAUUGGUGAAUUAUGAUAAAUCCAGCAUCAUUUUCAGUUCUAACACUGGGACUGAGGUGCGAAUUGUGGUCUCUGAGUGCCUGGGCGUUCGGGAAACGGUGGAUUUUGGCAAAUAUCUAGGAUUACCGUCGGUUCUGGGCCGCAACAAAACGGCAACCUUUCGCUACAUAGAGGACAAAGUCAGGGAACGGCUUGGAUCAUGGCAACAUCGUCUGCUGUCUAAAGCAGGUCGGUUAUGUGAUAAGAUUGAAAAACUGUUUAACCGGUACUGGUGGGGUGGAGAUCCGUCCGACGCCACGCUUCAUACCCCGCCUGUGGAUGCUCUACGGGAGGCCAGUGUCAAUGGCCUUAUGAACGCGCAUGGACAUUGGGACGUGGAUAUCCUUAAUGAGCUGUUUGUCGAAGACGAUGUGCGCAAGAUUAUUGCUACCCCCAUCGCUCCUCAUCUUCCGGGUUCUUGGCGUUGGGUGGGUGAUAUUCAUGGGGCGUAUUCGGUUAAGCACGGGUAUAGGAUGUUAACGUCCGGUGGAGCAUUGCAAAUACCUGGAGAGUCCGUGAUUUGGAACAAGAUAUGGAGCCUGCCGAUUCCGCCUAAAGUGCGUAAUCUAAUUUGGCGAUGUGCUCGUGAUAUUCUUCCGGUGCGAGAGAAUCUCAAGGCUAAAGGCGUAUGGAUUGGGGGUGGAUGUCCACUCUGUGGUCUCUACUCGAAGACAGCCGAACACCUACUAGGUGAGUGCUGGAUUGCGAGGCAGGUAUGGGGGAAGGACGACUUGCUGCAAGGGGCUGCUAUUCGCGACUUUCUUGAUACCACUCUCGCAAACGCGGAUCGGGACACAGCGGUCCAUAUGGCUGCGGAUACCUACAAACCAUCAAUUUCCACCGUGCAACGAGUAGAUGUACAGGUUCGUUGGGAACCACCACCACGGCACUGGUUUAAGUGUAACGUCGAUGCAGCAUUGCUAACUAAUUUUGUGGGCUUUGGGGCGGUUCUUCGGGAUCACGGAGGUGGUUUCGUGGCUGCAAAAAAUGGACGUUUGGACUGCAUUCGGGACCCCCUGAUGGCUGAAGCCGGCACAGUGAAGGAAGCUUUGUCUUGGCUUCGCGGUCUUGGGUAUAGUAGUUUAAUAAUUGAAACUGAUUGUUUAUUGUUUAGUAAUGCUUUUAAUUCUAGUCCUGUGGAUUUUUCAUAUGUUGAUUAUAUUGUAAAGCAAUGUGUUGAGAUUGCUAAUGACAUUGGGAACGUUGUGGUUCACCAUGUCAAGAGAUCAGCGAAUCAUGUAGCCCAUGCUCUUGCACAAGCGACUGAUUCCUCGACUGACUCGAGUGUGUGGUCGAUUGUACCUCCAGUUUGUAUUUCCAGUUUUUUGAUUGAGUAA